CGUUUCAUUCUGUACGUAUGUAGAUGUUGCUUAAGCGUGAAAAAUUCUACACAGGAAGGUCAACAAGAAGGUAACAAACCCAUACACUAUGCCCAUACGAAUGGAGCAGUGUGGAUAGGUUGCAAUGUACUCCUAGAUAUUAUUGUAUACCAUAAGUCAUAAGUUUACCGUACAGUUUCUGGUAAAAAAUUAAUUGAGAAAUCUAUAAAGUUUUACUACAGUUAAAUUAAAUUUCUGUUUAUUCGUACAACAUCAAACAAUUCAGUAGGCAAUCGGAUACUCACUAAUUUUGAAAGGAAGGUCGAAUGUUGUCUCCUAAGUUUGGUUAGCAAUUUAUUGAAGUCUGAAUAACUUCGAACGAUGAGUUCGAACAACUAUGUGUUUGGCGCAGGGGCCUGUGCAGUAGAUCAUGUGUGCCUUGUACCAAGAUUACCAGAAAAGGGGGAGACUUUGCUUGGAACAAAAUACUGGACUCAAUUUGGGGGGAAAGGUUCUAAUGCAUGUGUUACUGUAUGUAAACUGGGUGGAAGGGCCUCUUUUCUUGGUAGGGUCGGCGACGACUCAUGGGCUGAAAAAUUCAUAGACAGUCUUGAAGAAAAUAAGGUAGACUGUCAUGUUAUUAAAACGCCUGGUGUACACACUGGUACAGCAUUCAUAAAUUUAACCACAGAUGGUGAAAAUCAAAUUAUCGGGGUUCUUGGGGCCAACAAUAAAGUUAGUGUCGACGAUGUGGACAAUGUAAAAGAAUUAAUUCAAAAUGCUGUAGUUGUUGUAUGUUCUCUGGAGUUUCCAAAUGAGACUGCCAUUAAAAUUUUGGAAUCUUCGAGACGCUCGUCUAUUUUAAUUGCUGCCCCUUCACAAAAGAAUCUGAAUCCUGCCCUGUUUACUCUCCCUACGAUAUUUUGCGUGAAUCAAACAGAAGCGGAGGUUUAUUCCGGCAUUAAAAUAAACGAUAUAAGUGAUCUGAAAUUGGCAGUCUACAAACUAUUAGAGAAGGGUUGCAACAUUGUAAUAAUAACUUUGGGGGUCGAUGGUGCCAUUUACGCGUCUCGAAAUGUUCCUACACCAGUGCACGUGAUGUGUCCUGAGGUAGAAUGUGUUGACAGCACAGGGGCAGGUGAUGCUUUUGUCGGGGUACUAGCGUAUUUAAUGGCCUACAAGCGACAUUUGUCAUUGAAAGAAAUGGUGGAAGCUGCCUGUCAUUGUGCCGCUUACACGGUAUGCAGAAAAGGAUCUCAGAGUGCCAUGCCCGACGAAAGCGUUCUUAAUGAAUUUUUGGAUAGUAAAAUAACUUCAGUGUUUUAUUAAAAUCAAUAAAAGUAACUUUUUA